CUAGAAGAAGAAUUGAAAAAAAGAAGAUUUGUACUUUCCAAACCAAAGACAAUAAUGAUUAUUAGCGCCAUUUUCACUUUUUGUCAAUUUCUGCUUGGGAUAUUUUAUUUAAAAGCAAUCAUUUCGGAAUUUCUGAACCCAAAAAAGCACAUUUAAUAUAAACGCAUUGGGGAAGCAAAGUAUAAUUUCCAUAAUAUCCAAACUAAUUUCCUUAUUAAUGAGCUAUCUCUAAAGUAAUCUAAAUGUAUGUUUCGUACAACCUAGAAUUCUUGAAAUCUGGCUUCUUAGGUUGUUCGAAAAUAAUAAAAUAAUCUCUGUUCACAAGAACCAUUACCUUGGUGCGUUAUUCAAUUUUUCCAAUAAAUAAGUGAUCCGGCAUAAAUCAGGCAAAAAAUAAACGACUGUUUACAUUAUGUUUCGUAUUUUUUAAGUUUAACCUAAAAAUAAAUAGAAGAGAACAUUUAACGGUCCAUUAAAAAAACGCUGUUUAAAGACUUCCAAUUAAUUUGGAAGCUAAAUAACGAAGGUGCAUAGGCCCUUAAAUUCUCAUACAACUAUUUGUAGUAACAGAAAAGACCGCAGGUCGCGGCAUCAAAUUAGAGUAAUUUUUUUCAACGGGAAAAUCGGACUUUAGACGUGUUUUUUGCAUAUUUGCUUCCGCAAAGGGUGGAAAGAUGUUCUAAUGGAUUUUAAAGAUCUUUGUCAUUUUUUCGAAGCUGUAAAAGCAAAUGUAGGUGCCGAAAAAGCCCUUACCAUUAAACAGUUUUUUGAGAAAUGUCGCGAAACGUUGGAUCGAGAACAAAUUUUUUUAGUUUUGCGUUUAGUUGUACCAAAAUUGGACAGAGAACGUCAAAGUUACAACAUGAAAGAGUCCAGAGUUGCGAAAGUUUUAGUUAAAAUGUUAGCAUUACCUUCUGGUAAUGACAAAAAUAUCCUAUUAAAAUCAUACUUGAUGUCUGGACAGGCAAGUGAUUUUGGUGAUGUCGUUUACUCAGUAAUAAGAAAAUAUUUAUCAAACUGUAAAACCAUAUUAACAAUUGAUGAACUGAACUCUAAUUUGGAUCGAUUAGUGAAUAGAAGGAAUGAAAUGGAGGCAGAAGAUAUAUUAAUACGUUUGUUUCGGAAGUGUUCUGCAGAAGACACCAAAUGGAUAAUAAGAAUAGUACUAAAGGAUUUAAAAUUAGGGAUUCAUGCUAAUAAAAUUUUAAAUAAUUACCACAGAGAUGGAGCAGCCUAUUUUUGCAGUAACAGUAGCCUAAAGAAGGUAUGCGCAGUUCUAUAUGAUCAAAAUGUGAAUCUUCAUGAGUUAGAUAUUGAAAUAUUCGAAGCAUUUAGGCCCAUGUUAUCAAAACGAGUUGAUGGAGCUUCGUUUAUAAAAGAUUUUCAAGAAAACAAACUGUACUAUGUGGAAAAUAAAUUUGAUGGAGAGCGCUUUCAGCUGCACAUGGAAAACAAUUGUUUCAAAUAUUUUUCUCGAAAUGGAUUUGAUUAUACAGCCACGUAUGGUUCAACACAUGAUGAUGGUAUGUUCACGCCAAAGCUUAAGGAUCUUUUCCAACCAUUUGUCAAAAAGGUAAUUUUAGAUGGAGAAAUGAUGCUGUGGAAUAGAUACACAAAGACAUUUGGUUCAAAAGGAAUGACCUUCGAUGUUAAGAAGCUCAAAAUAGGAGGAAAAUAUCAGCCAUGUUUUUGCAUAUAUGAUAUAAUCCUGCUUAAUGAGAAUGUUCUUACCAAUAAGCCUUUAAAGCAAAGAGUAUCAAUUUUGAAGAAAAUAUUCAAAACAUUAAUACUUGGUACAGUAAUGUUAAGUCAAAUAAGAGAAGUAAGUACUUACCAAGAAAUAGUUAAUGAGUUGAACUCAGCAGUAGAAAAACAAGAAGAAGGAAUUAUAGUAAAAGAUCCAAACUCACUUUACCGAUACAGUGAUCGUGUAAGUGGUUGGUUUAAAAUGAAGUUGGAAUAUUUUCAAGAUACCAUGAAUGAUCUAGAUUUAAUUCUGAUGGGCGGAGUUUAUGCAUCCAGCACAUCAAAUCAAUUAAAUUCCUUUAUUGUUGGCAUCAGAUCUGGAAAUACUGACUUGGGAAUGCCUCUUUUCAUAUCUUUUGGGAAAGUUAGUAGUGGGUUAAGUGAUGAGGAGUUGGAGUUUUUGAAUAGAAAAUUGAGAACCGAAGGCAAGUUAUUUGAUAACACCCAUGGACCUAAUUUGAUAUUUGGUAAGGAGGUUCCAAAUUAUUUGAUUGAACCAGAAAAAUCAUUAAUAUUUGUUGUUCGAGCUAGCGAGUUAGUUAGGUCAAAUGAUAAUGCAUAUAAAACACCAUACAGUUUUCGUUUUCCGAGAGUUUUAAAAAUUAGGGAUGAUAAGCCAGUGCAAGAUUGUUUGGAUAUUAAUGAACUGCUCCAAUUGUGUAAUAAAAACCAGGCCGUGAUAAAAUUAAAUAAAAGGUAUAUCGAGUUAGAAGACAUAACGCAGACUAAACAAAGAACUAUAAAAAGAAAAAAAGUAGACAUACCAACUUUUACUGAUUCCAGAAAAAUAUCAGAUUUGUUGGAAAACUACAGAAUCUAUGUUCAAAAUGGAGAUGACAAAAUGAGUAAGGAAGAUAUUGAAGCAUUAAUCCGUAGGGCUGGUGGCACCAUAACUUAUAAGUUAGAUAGUACAGUAGAUAUUGUGUUGGCACCAGCCUAUAAUCAAAAAAUUAAAGAAUUGACAAAGCACAGAAAUAAUUAUGACAUCAUAAGUACAGAUUGGUUACAAAGAGUUUUAACCGAAGGGGACUUAGUUGGUUAUGAAACCACGGAAAUAUAUGGACUAGGCACUAGUAUAAAAAACACUUUAUCUGAUGAAUUUGACAUUUUUGGGGAUAGUUUCACCCAAGAGGCUACUGUGGAAUCUCUCAAACAUUGUUUUAAGCUUAUGGAUAACUUGCAGGAUGUGCCAAAUUUUUAUGGCAUGAUUCAGGUUGAAGGCGUUAAAAAUUUUUAUAAUUUCACUGCAUAUUUUGAUAAAUAUAGUAUUGUCAAUGAUUCAAAUUCUGUAAUCAUAUAUGAAUCAUUUUUGGAUGAAGUAGAAUUUAAGUUUUAUAAUGGAAGAGUAUGUUCAUCUAUAAUGUCAGAAACUAAUCUGAUAAUAUUUAAGCAGGGAAUGAAUCGUGAAAACAUUAUCAAGCAAUAUUUAGUAUCAGUUGGAAGAAACAAUGUUUUGGUUGUUCCAAGUGACUUUAUAUAUACAAAAGGUGCUGAUUGAAUAUGAAUAUCAUAUUU